GGUAGGUGAGAACCAAUAGCCGCGACGCUUGCAGCGUAGAAUGGACAUCUGGAACCAAUAGGGUGAGGGCUUUCUGGUGAUGCCCUGUCGGCAGCGGGCAUGGCGCCUCCCGCACGCUACUGCGUCCCUGGUGAGCGGCUGUGCAGCGCGGAGGAGGCCACGGCUGGUAGCGGGACCUACACUCGUCAUGGCUUCAUCUUCUCCUCGCUGGCUGGCUGUCUGGAGAGAAAGAAUGAGGACAGCGAGCUGCCCGUGGUGUCGGUGGUGAGAGACAGCGAGUCCCAGCUGCUGCCCAACGUGGGGGCUGUGGUGACGUGCAAGGUCUGCAGUAUUAACUCUCGCUUUGCCAAGGUCCACAUCCUGUAUGUUGGCUCCACGCCGCUGAAAUCCACCUUCCGAGGCACCAUACGGAGAGAAGAUAUCCGAGCCACGGAGAAGGAUAAGGUAGAAGUGUACAAGAGCUUCCGCCCCAGUGACAUCGUCCUGGCCAAAGUUAUCUCCCUGGGGGACGCGCAGUCCAACUACCUGCUGAGCACAGCAGAGAACGAGCUGGGCGUGGUGGUGGCACGCAGCGAGGCAGGGGUGCAGAUGGUGCCCAUCAGCUGGUGCGAGAUGCAGUGCCCGCGCACACACACCAAGGAGUUCCGUAAGGUGGCCCGCGUGCAGCCCCAGUUCCUGCAGACGUAACACCUGAGGGGGGCAGGGGCUGCAGCACUGGGCCUGUGGAGCCAGAGCAGCCCCUGGGCUCCCGCCUCCUUCACAGGCCUCCUCUGGCAGGACAGGUUUGCUACUUGUGGAUAAUAAAUUUUUUUUGAGAGCUUC